CCUGCGAUUCUCAGCUUCUCUCGGUCGGUCAUCUCCUUCAGGGGUUUUAGAGCGCAUCCAAAACCCUAGCCAUGGCGACUCAGCUCUUCACGCGCUCCCUCCUGCUCUCCUCCAAGCCUCGGCAAUCCCUCGCCUCCCUCCUCUCGCGCUCCCUCUCCUUCUCCUCCGCUCCCGCCGCCUCCGCGCCUCGCCUCUCCUCCCUCCUCCGCCACGGCCUCCGCCCCCUCUCCGCGGCCUCCGCCGAGUUCGGCCGCCGCGCCGCCGCCGCCGCCCCGUCCAUCCGCUCCUUCGCGACGAGGACGACCUCGUCCUCGCUCAACGACCCGAACCCCAACUGGUCGAACCGGCCCCCGAAGGAGACGAUACUUCUCGAUGGUUGCGACUUCGAGCACUGGCUCGUGGUGAUGGAGAAGCCCGAGGGUGAUCCUACUAGAGAUGACAUCAUCGAUAGCUACAUUAAGACGCUCGCGCAGAUUGUCGGAAGUGAAGAAGAAGCCAGAAUGAAGAUCUACUCAGUUUCAACAAGGCACUACUUUGCAUUUGGAGCCCUUGUAUCUGAAGAGCUUUCUUACAAACUUAAGGAACUGCCCAGAGUUCGAUGGGUUCUUCCUGAUUCAUACCUGGAUGUCAAGAAUAAGGAUUAUGGGGGUGAACCUUUUAUUAAUGGGCAAGCAGUUCCUUAUGACCCCAAGUACCAUGAAGAAUGGGUGAGAAAUAAUGCUAGAGCUAAUGAGAGGAACAGGCGCAAUAAUGAUCGACCCCGUAAUUUCGACAGAUCAAGGAACUUUGACAGGAGGAGGGAGAAUAUGCAGAAUAGAGAUUUCCAAGCCAGGGACAUGCCAAACCAAGGGAUGCAGAAUCCUCCGCCUCAAGGCAACAUGCCCCCACCGAAUAUGGGUGGUGGAAUGCCCCCACCGAAUAUGGGCGGUGGAAUGCCCCCACCGAAUAUGGGCGGUGGAAUGCCCCCACCGACCAACUUUGGCGGAAUGCCUCCACACAACCAAGGUGGAAUGCCUCCACACAACCAAGGUGGAAUGCCCCCACACAACCAAGGUGGAAUGCCCCCACACAACCAAGGUGGAAUGCCUCCACACAACCAAGGCGGAAUGCCCCCACACAACCAAGGCGGGAUGCCCCCAAGCAACUAUGGUGGGAUGCCUCCACGUAACCAGGGGGAAUGCCGCCAAACAACAUGGGCGGGAUGCCUCACCAGAACAUGGGCGGAAUGCCGCACCAGAACAUGGGGGAAUGCGACCCCAGAACAACAUGGGAGGAAUGCCCCCCCAAAUGGGUGGAAUGCCACCGCGAGACAUGGGGGCUGCUCAGAAUGUGGGAGGUUUUUCACAGACUCAAGGAUGGUCCAAUACUGCGCCUCAAAGAGAUGCUGGGAAUAUGCCAAACUAUCAGAGCGAGAACUACACUCCUAGCAGGGAUGGAAAUACUUAUUAGGUGUAGAAUGUUGGUCUAGAGUGGAACGUCAUGAGAUUUGAUGUAUAGCUAAAAUGAAUGGACCUGCCUGAUGUAUGCUUUAUUUGCUGCUCUUAAAUUUCCAGUUGCAUCUAUUUUGUCUGGAUUGGUGCAUGAGUCUAAUAUCGCUGCCUACUCAAUGCUAGGGACAUUGCAGAAUGGUGUAAUCAACGAGGUAGCAUCGAGAAACUAAGAGAUGGCUAUGGUCAGGAGGUGUCUACAUUGCACUUUUGCAAUUGAGUAUAUCUGGAUAACUUUUCAUCUCAUGAUAUCUUCUAUGUAACUUCUUCUCAUUGCUCGGAUUCUCAGUGACUUUUUACUUUCAAUGGCUGUAUUCGUUUCGUGGGAGACACAGCCCUUGAUACUGUUGUAUUUUUUUGUUAAGCUAUCAGUUUUCCUCUGUGUGGUUCUCAAA